GCCGGAAGCCAGCCAUAGAGUUUAGCGGCCAGAGCGACUCUGCAGGGAGGUGGCAGGAAAGGCUCGGAACAGCUGCCGGAGGUGACGGAGCGGCGGCCCCGCCCGGUGUGCUGGAAGACGAAGCUUCCAGGUAGCGGCCCGCAGAGCCUGACCCAGGCUCCAGAUAUCCUGAGCCCAGGUCCCCCCAGCUCAGUGCAGCCAUGAGUGCCGAGGUGAAGGUGACAGGGCAGAACCAGGAGCAAUUUCUGCUCCUGGCCAAGUCGGCCAAGGGGGCAGCGCUGGCCACACUCAUCCACCAGGUGCUGGAGGCUCCUGGGGUCUACGUGUUUGGGGAACUGCUGGAUAUGCCUAAUGUUAGAGAGCUGGCUGAGAGUGACUUCGCUUCCACGUUCCGGCUGCUCACAGUGUUUGCUUACGGGACAUAUGCUGAUUACUUAGCUGAAGCCCGCAAUCUUCCCCCACUCACAGAGGCUCAGAAGAAUAAGCUUCGACACCUAUCAGUUGUCACCCUGGCUGCCAAAGUCAAGUGUAUCCCAUAUGCAGUGUUGCUGGAGGCCCUUGCCCUGCGGAACGUGCGGCAGCUGGAAGACCUUGUCAUAGAGGCGGUGUACGCCGACGUGCUCCGCGGCUCCCUGGACCAGCGCAAUCAGCGGCUGGAGGUUGACUACAGCAUUGGGCGGGACAUCCAGCGUCAGGACCUCAGUGCCAUUGCUCGAACCCUGCAGGAGUGGUGUGUGGGCUGUGAGGUGGUGCUGUCAGGCAUCGAGGAGCAGGUGAGCCGCGCCAACCAGCACAAGGAGCAGCAGCUAGGCCUGAAGCAGCAGAUCGAGAGUGAGGUCGCCAACCUUAAAAAAACCAUUAAAGUUACAACAGCAGCGGCCGCCGCAGCUACAUCUCAGGACCCUGAGCAGCACCUGACUGAGCUGAGGGAACCCGCCCCUGGCACCAACCAGCGCCAGCCCAGCAAGAAAGCCUCAAAGGGCAAGGGGCUCCGAGGGAGCGCCAAGAUUUGGUCCAAGUCUAACUGAAGGGACUGUCGUUUCUUCCCUGGGGAUGCGGGGUCCGAGCUUCCUGCCUGUCCUUUAGGAGUCCUCCGAGAGCCUUCCUGUGCCCCUGGUCAGCUGAUAAUCCUAGGUUCAUGACCCUUAACCUCCCUCUUCUCUCCCGAUCCCCAAGCGUAGAUCACACCUUCUCUAGGGAGGAGGCAAGUACAAGUCAUGUUUUUGUUGGUACUUCUGCUUUAUGUGACUUUAUUAUGUGUCCCAUUGUCUCCCUCCCCCUCCCUGCCGUGCUCUCUCCCUGUUUCUUUAAAGGGGGGAGGGCGGCCAGUGUCUAUCCCUGUUUAUUAUACGUCAUGGAGUUGGCGGGGGGGCUGCUGCUUCUCCAGCAUAACCCACAUGUGUUUCUUCUCGGACCACCCCGCCCCUGCAUGCCUACUCCCCGAUUUGUACUGCUUACCCCCAGCCUAUCUGGGCAGCAUCUGAAGAGCCAUAGGCCUUCCACCUUGGUUCCCACCCGGAGAAUUGUGGGAGCCAGUCUGCCGUUCUAGGAGUCACUGGACACUUUCAUCCUAGAAUCCUGUCACACCAGAGUUGUUUCCUUUCCUCUCUCCUCCUCUUGGGUCCUGGGGAUGCUGCUGCUUCAAUGACCCCAGAGCCGAAGAAGGGCAGCUGUCUCUUGAGAUGUUGAGAGAUGGCUCUUUCUUACCCCUGGCUAUCUUGGAAAGCCUGAUGGCAAUCCGGGGAGGAUUUAUACUUCCUUUUGUGAGUUUGAUGGGGAAGGGAAGGGGAUAUAUAGAUUGUAUUAAAAAAAAAAAAAAAGCAUAUAUACAUAUAUCUAUAUAUAACAUGAAACCGAAAUAAAUCUAUGAGAAGUCUAUCUACAAACAUGCCCGGAAAUGGGUAUCUUCUGUCUUUGAUAUGUGUGGAUGGGAAGAAGGCUCAUUGUCCGUCCACUCUAAAGCAAAGUGCUGGAAAAAGAAAGGAAUCAGAUACUAGGUGCUGAGUCCUGGCCUAGGAGCCAGGAGACCUAGAUCUUGAGUCAUGUGACUUUGGACAAAUUGCUCAGUAUCCCAGCACUCAUUCAGAAGGAGCGGAUACUUCCUGGGCACCAACAUGUGCAGAACGCUGGACAUGCAAAAUGACUGUCCCUGGCCCUCCUCCCAAGGAGCUGGGCUUCAGUCUGUUGCCUUCCUUCUUACAGAAUUAUAAGGGGAAGAGUUGAUAAUAACCUUCGGUUUUUGUAUCAGAACCACACAGAACUCUGAGAUCUGCAGUAAGCAGCAGCAGGCUCCUGUCCGCUGUCCAAGGCAGACCUUCCUGUGCUGGGACGAUUGGUGUCCUUGGUAGAGUGUAGUGCACUACUGUGCACUCUUUAGAAUUGGGGAGCUCUAGUGUAAGGGACAGUUGACCGCCCCCCCACUUGCACGUGAAGCGGUUGCCUCCUGAGGGCCCCAGUGUUGACUGAGCUGCUCUCCAGAGAUUGUGUUUUUCUCUAGGUGGAGAUUUAACACAGACCACUCUUCGUGGGUGCUAAAGGUCUCAGUCAUAGAACUAGAAAGUGGGGUGGGAUCCUGAGGUUUUGAUUAAAAAUGGGCUGGGCGCGCCUCUUGUCUUGAGGGGUCCAUGGAGACUUACUGGGGCCCUACUUCGGGAGUUGACACUUCUGGCUUCUUGGUUACCUUUGUCCUCGAUGAGCUUGUUGAGCCUGUUUUGUCUUGGUUCUCAGUCUCUACCUCUGCAAUAAACCCUUUCUUCCUCCCGCACCCUCCAAUGUGUAGAAGUUGCUAAUUCCUGGCACUUGGAACCUGUCCUCCCCCUGCCCCGCCCCUGCCCCAGCUUUUCCGUUGAACUUAGUAUCCUGUUUUCUUGUAAGCUAGUUCUAGCUAAUGGCUCCAUAACUUCUCUGAGCUUUCUAGUUCCAGCCUUCAGUGGAUGGCUCCAAAGUCUAAGUGUGGGCUGAGCUGGGACUGCCUGGUUAACACCCAGAGAGGGAGGGGGCCUGUUGACAUGUCCCUGAGGACACGCAAAUUCCAUUUGUCUUUGCCUUAGAAAGAUGGGGCUCUUGGCUACCAAGGCAUGAAGAAGGGGGAGCAGAUGAUUUGGGGGCUCAGUUUUUUGACCCUGAAACUUGGUUCAGGAUUUAGAGAUUGCAUGUAUAACCAAGCUCAGGGCACCAGAAUAUUUCCGACCAAGAAUCUUACCACCACUGGCACACUCUCACACACUGACCCCCUGAUGUACAGCAGGCUUAAGUGGUCUUAGGGCGGGACCACGAUGGUAAGGGGAGGAGGAAGAGGACUUGCCUUUAUGAGAAUUCAGAGCCCAUGAAACUGGUGACACUUAAUUAAAAGACUAAGCCAAAGUGUCUGAAGCUAAAAUCAGCGACUGGGCUGGUAUAAAUUUUUAUGCAUAAGAGCAAAGACAAUGUCUGCAGUCAGUAUUCAUGAAAUCCUGUUGAAGAGAGAUGGGAAAUUCUCUGUUGAGGUGUGUUUUCCAAGAUGGAUGGGUAGAAGGGAGCUUUGGGCAGUCUAGGCAAUGUAUUAGUUAUCUAAUAUGGUGUAACAAAUUACCCUAAAAUUUACUGGCUUAAAAACAACACACGUUUAUUAUCUCAGUUUCUGUGGUUCAGGAAUGUGGGCACACUUUUCUGCCUCAGGGUCUCUCACAAGGCUGCAAUCAAAGAGUUAGCUGGAGCCUUGUCAUCUCAAGGUUCCAAUGGGAAGGACCUCCUUCAGUGUAUCAGCAGGAUUCACUACCUCAUAGGUGGCUGGACCGAGGACCUCAUUUCUGGGCUGGCUGUUGGUCAGAGGCAGCCCAGGUAGCCCCCUCCAUCAGCGCAAGAGCCAGAGAGACUGUAUCAGGAAAGCAGAAUCAGUCUUUUAACUUAAUCACAGAAGAAGUAUCCCAUCACUUUUACCAGUCACCAGGUCCAGCCUAGUGACUGUCAGAAGGCAGGGAUCGUUGGAAGCCGUAUUGGAAGUUUUCUACCACAGGCAGUGUUUCUGUGGGCCACCAGCAACAGAAACAUCAGGGGAACUUUUGAAAAUGCAUAUUCCUGGACCUUCUCCCCUCCCCCCCCCCCCGGUUCCUACUGAAUAAGAAUCUCCAGGAUGUGGACCAGAAAUAUGCCUUCACUGUCCUCACUGACUCAGCUCUGAGCUGAAAAGUCCCAUUUAUAUAAGCAGACUUGCCCAGAUUAGCGCCAGCUUGGACCAGCUGAGGAGGCUUCUUACUGCAGGGCCUUGGAGGACAGGUGUGGAGGCCCAGGGUCACCGUCUGGAAGAGAAGGAUGUGCAAAGGUGAAACUUUGAGUACAGGACAAGAGAGAGGACUUGUCCUUUGAGGUUCUUAAGUAUAUGGUUAAGUAAUUAAAAGUGUGAUAAGUGCUAAGAAGUAUAGGGUGACAUGAAAGUACUUAACAUAGGGAUCUACAUUUUACCUGGGGUCAGGAAAGCCUUCUUCAAGGAUGUGACCUUUCAACUGAAACUAGAAGCCCAAGUGGCAGUUAGCCUAACAAAGGGAGGGAGGAUGAGCAUUUUGGGUGGAAAGAACAGUGUGAUGAAUACCUAGUGGCAGAAAGUUUCAUCCUGUGACCUACUGCCACUCCCCUAAUAAGAAAGCAUAGUUUGGGGAAUGGGGCAGGGAAUAUAAUUCUAUACUUAAAUGUUCAUUUGUCUAUUCAAUGAAUUGGUAAAUACAUCUUGACUGAAAAAUCUGAAAUAAUAUAACCAUAAGGUGUAUGUUAGACCUCUUGACAUUGGAGUUCUGGGUGAUUUUUGUCUUUUUGCCAAUCUGUUGUCCAAUCUUUUUAUGAUACUUUAAUAUUAAGUGCUUACCACAGUCAAGCAUUAUUCUAAGUGCUUUACAUAUAUAUAAACUCAUUUAAUCCACACAA